AUGAAAACAAAUAGAGAAAUUCUAGACUGGUUGAAUAAAUGCAAAUGUGGAAAAUUGGAACUAAAGAAACAUUUAAAUACUAUAGAAUAAAUAAAAGUAUACUACAUUUAAAAUUUGAUUAAAAGUUAGACAUGAUGAUGAGUAAUCAAAAAGUAUAAACUUUGAAAUCUGUUUCAUCUUCUAAGAUGAAUCCAGAUUGUCAGACUGCUGAAUCAGUAUAUGAAGAUAAAAGAUAACAUAGUCUAAUAUAAUAUGGCAAUUAAUCUGAUGAUUAAGAUUACAGAUAUUUUAUUAGUAAAAAUAAUUAUUACGAUACUCAUCAAAUUUAGAAUUAGCGAUCCAUAAAAAAACCUAUAUUAUAAGAAUUUUCUGGUAAAUAAGAUUCUGAUACUAUUGAUGAUAUAUUUAAAUUGUCAUUAACAGAUUAAUCAAUUUCUUAAUAGUAGUUUAGUUCAAAUUAAGAUUUUUAUGAAUCUAUAAAAUAAAAGUAAUAAUAAGGAAUUAAUAAUAAUAAUGAUUAAGUCUAUUAUAAUACCUAAUAGAGUAUUAAGAAUUUUGAAAUGUAUUAAGAAAAUUGUUUAAAAACUUCACUAUGUCAAUUAGAUAAAAGAAUAUAAUAAAUUUAACAAUAAGAAAUUGAUAAAUGUUAUCAAAAUGAAAACAAGACAUUUGAUUAAUAUUACUAAGAAUAUGUAACAGAUGAAAUAUCUAAUAUAUAACAUGAAAUUUAAGAAAUGCAAAAGUAUAAAUUUUAAGAAAAUAUGUUUAAAGAUUUUUGAAAAGAAUUUAAACAGCAAAAGACAAAUUGACCAGCAGUGUCUAAGAUUUGAGUUAUCAAAAUAGUUAAAGAUCCAUGUAAAAAUUGAAUCAAGAUUUGGAUAUCAUAUAAACUUUAAGAAAUAAUAUGCAAAAUUAAUUAUAAAACAAUGUAGAUGGUGAUAAAUUGUUAAGAUUGAGAUUGAUGAAAUAAUAGAUAUAGGAAUGCUUUAAUGAUAUAGAAGAAGAGAUAUUUAAGUUAAGUAAAUGA